AUGGCCGAUCCUCGUCGCUCACCGGAAAGUCUACUGUGUUUGUGGCCUUUAAUUGCAUUUAAGCCUCUUGAUAGUCUUAGGACGGGGGAGAUUGCACUCAAUGGUAGUCAGCGUAAAUGGGCUGCCGCCAAUCUCGGCGGACGAGUGACGGUUUCCAGAUAUCAGCCUCCAGCUGAUACUGCUAGCUUCAACCUGGUAUUCUUAGCGCUUGAUUUGACUACUAGCCUCACUAUACGAAAAGCGACCGAGCUUAAGGCGGAUGAGUUUGGACGAUAUCUCAAGAACCGCUAUUCAGGGCAGGUGAUUUCACCGGGUCAAAUAGUGUCAACUCGCUUCGAGAACAUCAAGUAUGCGUGUAGGGUGACUCUGUCUAUUGGGGCUGAUCACAUGAACCCACAAGGUUUCCUAUCUAGAGAUACUAACAUCGCCUUUGAGGCAGCUGCUGGUCGCAUUAAGAUUGUAAAUCAAGAUCCCAGACCUCCACCAAUCAUUAAGGAUACGAUUGAUUUGAAAAGAAUGGGUAUUGGUGGUCUGAGCCACCACAUUGGGAUUCGCAAUGUCAGAGGCAUGCUACUUUUUGGUCCUCCGGGGAAUGGGAAAACUAUGAUUGCUCGUAAGGUUGCAAAUUUGCUGAAUGCAAAAGUGCAGACUGUUAGUGGUCCAUCUCUUCUGGAUCCAUACUUCGGUACGACAGAAAGGAACGUACGAGAAUUGUUUGAACCUAUCAUAAAGGACCAGGUCAAGCUUGGAGAAAAAAGUCCAUUGCAUGUGAUAAUCUUUGACGAGUUCGAUGCGAUAGCGAUGAUGGAUGGGCUGACCCCUCUGGACAAUCUUUUAGUCUUUGCAACCACUAACCGUAGGGAUCUUAUUGACGAAGCAUUUCUCAGGCCGGGUCGCCUGGAGAUUGAGAUUGAGAUUGGCCUUCCCGAUCUAGCUGCAAGACAAGAAAUCCUGGAGAUUCAUACUGCAAAGCUUCUGGAAAACCAUUAUCUUGAUGGUGAUGUAUCAAUUGAAAAUCUUGCUCAUCGUACCGACGGUUACAGUGGUGCGAUGCUCGAAGGGGUGGUGAAGUCUGCCGUGUCAGCAGCGCUGCAAAGGAAUAUUGCUCCCAAUCAUUUAGUCUGGACUGGCGAUUACAAUGCUUUCAAAGUUCUGGAAAGUGACUUUGUGGCAGCAGUGACUGAGGUUGCACGUGAACAUGGGAAUGAUUGAAGCUUGAUGGACUGAUAGUUCGUUUUUUUUGCCUUGAUGUUGAGUUGUAGAACAUACUGCGGCAUUGGUUUGGACUCUUGAUUUGCAAAAGGUAAGCUCAUGGGCCCGUUUGGAUCUAUUAUGUUUAGGGAAUACAGUGAUUCUGCAGAGGGUUUUUUUGUUGUUGGUAUUGUCGAGACUUUAAGAUAGGAUCAACUGAGAAUAUGAUUUUGAACUGAUAGGGUGGAUUGAAUCACACGUGUGUUUUGUGUUGUUGGAAGCAAAAUUGUGUGGGAUGAGUUGGUAUUGAAAUGAAAACUGCACGAUGCCAUUAAGCUUGGCCCAAUCUGUCA